AUGUACAGCCCCUCGUCGGCCUCGCGUGAGCCCAGCCAGACCCGCGGGCGUGCGCUGACUGCCUCGUCCCGAACUGUUGCCUCGCGCUCGCAAACACCGGCCGUCAAAGCUACCAGCAGUAAUUCGAGCCCCGACCGCACCCUCCAGGCGCUCGAACGCAAACCGUCGGGCUCCUAUGCCCACAAUCGCAACACUUCCAUCGUACACGGCAUCCAGCACUCGCGGAACACCAGCUUCGUCAACUCUCCCGCCACAAGCCCGCUGAGCCCCCAGAUCAUCGCCGCCGCCGCCGGCGCAACCAUCGAUGGAGCCGUCAUGUCGCAGGAGUCGAUAGCCGAGGCCUUUGCCGCCAACGGCAUGCAGCCUGGCGCGAGUACAGGGCAUGUCUAUGCCGGUGUGGGAGCCCAGGCAGCAUCCAGCGAUGGAAGCAUACCUCAGCGCAAGCCUGAGCGGGCGCCGAGUGCCAGAUCCUCGCGGAAAGGUCACAAUCACCACCGCUCCCAGUCGCGCCACCCGCCGCCGCACCCCCACGAACUCAAGACGGUUGGCGAAUAUGCGCUGCACCACCUCUUCAACUCGUUCAUCAGCCAGGCCGAGCAGAAGAUCAACCAAUGUAUGACGGAGAGAGGCCAGCCCGAGGCCAGGGUAGAGGGUGUUUGUGGGCCUGGCGUAGACCCCACCUUCGAUCAACUCAUAGCAGCCCUGGGGCACAUUGCGCGCCACAAGCCGAAGCCUCUCAUUGAUACCAUUAUGCUAUGGCGCAAGGCAAAGAGUGAGGAAGCGUCCAAACAGCGCACUCAGCUGCUCAAUGCCCGACAAGCCACUCCGGGACUGCAGCUCCAUCCCGCCCUGUCUCGACGGAACACCGAACCGGUUCAACACUUGGAAAACGGAUCCACAGCCUCUGUAGCAUCUGGCCCCGAGCACAUUGUCGCUCUACAACAGACUGUGACCCAAGCGGAGCAGCGCUCGACCGUCUCAACCUACAUCCUCUGCCGAGUAUUGAUCGAAAUCAUGACGCAAACCGACCUCCACAAUCUAACUUUCGAGAUGGCCGAUCGUCUUCUUGGUCUUUUCUAUGGCCAACUUAGCACCGUUGACCCUGAUAUGGUGGACAUAUCUCCGCUCAAUCUCGCCAACUGGACCAUCUACAGCCAGCUUCUCGGCGUGCUAAGUGGACUCAUAUUCGAACAGGUGCAAGAAAAGUUCGUCACCGACCUGAAGAUCGUAGAUGGUCACUUGGCUCAGAAGAACCAGUACAACAGGGAUCACGAAGCUAAAGGCGCUCUGCUCAUCCGCGCUCUGAGGCACCUGCAAGUCAAGUCAUAUCCAGAAGAGACAUGGGACCGGACGUGCGACUUCAUGCUCUCCAUGGCCAAGCUCUUCACUAGUGCCCACGGCCAGCCAGUCAAGUAUGCUUACUGCCAAGUCUUGCGGGAACUACUGCUCCGUAUCACCUCAAAGGCUACCAUCGAGCUCAAUGCACCCAAGUGGAAGGCUGUGAUUGAUAUGAUGAAGCAGCGCGCUGCUAUAUUGUUAGGCAAGCCAAAACACUGGCACGAAGCAUUCCCACUCAUGGCCGCCGUCCUAUGUGCUUCUCCAACCGAAACAUUUCUCUCCCAGUGGCUCGCGCUUGCCUUGUCUACUCAACCAAGACUGAAGGAGCGCGCAACGAGAGCCAUCGCCCUUCGAGGUAUAUGCCGGCUGGUGUGGACUUACAUCUACAGACGGGGAACCGAGGCACCAAAUGUCGCCGUGCGUCGAUUAGAGGAGAUCAUACGGAUGGUGUUCCAACCGGGAAGGCGGUCAUACCUCUCGACCGAACCAGCCAUUGCUGAACCCUUGAUACAACUUACGCGCAUCAUUGGCUACAAGUACCAAGACCUCUGCUUCAAGACCAUCAUCUUUCCUCUACUCAAUUCGGAAAUGUUCAUGUCAGGGCGGGAGUUGCGCGUUGAAAAUCUUGAGCCUGAUCGUAUGGUCAUUGGUAUCCGCUCGUUCCUCGCAAUCAUGGCUGAUCUCGAGAACACCGAGCAGCCACCUUUCCCACUGACAUUCGAUUACGAUCCAAACGCAGUUUCGAACGAGCUUCCUGCUCUUCCUUCCAGUCCACGGCCUCUGCAACCUUUGCCUAUCAAGUCCAGUCUCCUCAAGGAGGAGCGUCUUUCGCGUCCUGUGAAUUUCACUGGAUUCGCCGAAGUGGCAAAAGAGUACUACAUCCGUUUCUGCAAAAUCCUGGGAGAAAUUACUAUCAUAUGCGACAAUGCAUUUGGAGGGCAGGCCGUAUUGGAUGAGAAGUUCUCUUCGCAAACACCAAAGACGCCCAUGGCAGCGGCUUUCAGCUUCGCCCCUCGCGAAGAUUAUAUGACUACUACAGACCUGCGGCAAGGAUUCUAUGAUCUUCUACAUGUCGCUGUUCAGGCUUUACCGCGCUGUCUGUCUCCACACAUCCCUUUCAACUCACUUGUAAAUCUCUUGUGUACCGGAACUGCCCAUGUUCAAAGCAACAUCGCUGUAUCGUCCGCUCAGUCACUCAAGUCCAUAGCCCGACAGUCGCAUGCACAACAAGUCACAAUUGGCUUUGCACGCUUCAUCUUCAACUUCGACGAUCGUUACGCUACCAUGUCUGAUGGCGGCAUGCUGGGAGCUGGGCACAUUGAGAAUACCCUAAAGCUCUACGUGGAGCUGUUAGAGAUAUGGAUUGAAGAGAUUAAGCGGAAGACACGCAAGGCCGCCCUGGAUACACCGGACGACGGUUCUGGGAAUCGAGCUGCUCAGCUUGAUCUUUCUUCUGUGUGGGCGCACGUUGACGAAGUUGAGUCACAUGGCCUCUUCUUCUUAUGUUCACCUUCGCAUCGCGUCCGCUCCUACGCCGUUACCGUGCUACGUCUCAUCACUGAGUUUGAUACGGCGCUGGGCGGCUCCAACACCCGUGUCAUCCGUGUAAUGGAAGGAAGCCCCCAGAGGGUCUUGGACAUUAGCGAUGAGAAGCUGUCGCUAGCUGAGCGCAGUCGUUUACAACGCGGCAUGCGCAAGAGCAAUGUGCAGAGCACACUCGUGGAACUUUGCGGCAGCGAUGUGCCGUAUGACGCUACUUUAUGGUUCAAGAUUUUCCCAAAUCUGGUGCGAAUCAGUUUUGAGGUCUGCCCUUUUGCUGUGACUCUUACUCGAGACAUAGUAUGUGCCAGACUUGCUCAGAUGUAUCGCACUCUAUCGUCCCUGGCUGAGGGCCAGCGUACAACGCCUUAUUCACCGUACGAGCCUGGUGCUAGCAAGUUCAGUGGGCGCCUUGCCUCGACCUCACCAGAAGUCGUCAUCGAACAAUGGAAACUGUAUCUCAUAUUUGCCUUCACAACCUUAACGAGCCUGGGUCCGACCGCUAUGUCGGCUACGCAAGGUCAGCACUCGCGGAAGAGCUCAAAGUCUUCACAAACGAGCACAAACAAGCAACAUACCGCCACGGAGUUGUUUUCUAAAGUCCUCCCCUUCCUGUCAGUAGACAAUGCCGCCAUACGAGACGCUGCGGUUAUUGGUCUUGGCUCCGUUAACCUGAAUCUUUAUCGCACAUUACUUGAGUCGCUUCAGGGGAUUGUGGCUGCUUGUGCAGAAGAAGCCAAGAUGCGUCUGGGCAAUCACAACAGAACCAUUAGCAGUCCCCGUCCCAUCAACUACCGGACCGACCAUCUCCGAACAGAGAUUACACACGUAUACAAGCUAACAUCGCAACAAUUCCUCAAACUUCCGGAAGCCCACAAUGACGAGUGGAUCAUCAACAACUUAAUGAACUACACCAAGGAUCUCAGAAUUUUCCUGAGUGAUACAGAAGUCCAACUUGAGGCGCGCUACCAGAAGUUACGCACGCACUACUGUGGCCUUGUGGAAGUUUUGUUUGAGGGCAUCAACAAGACCAGCGAUCCUUUGCACUGGAUGCCGUUUCAAGCUCGUAAAGCGGCAUUUACUCUAAUGGAAGAAUGGUGCGGAUACGCAGCAAAUCAAUCUCAGAUUCGUCAGCGUGAAGAGCAGAUGCGUCGUUCCAUGCUCGACCGAGAGGUGGAUAAGAGCAGCAAAGGUAACGCAACUGCAGCCCUUGAAAUUGAAAAACGUGAUCUUCGAACCGCGGCUUUGAGCGCUAUGGCUGCACUCUGUGGCGGGCCUGUUAGUAUCACAACUGAUAGCAAAGUCUUGCUUCAGUUCGAUGUCAUUCGUAUGCUCUCAUGGAUACAGAGCAUCUUCGAAACUCCGAGCGAUCGAACACACGCCAUUGGUCGCCGAGCACUUACGAAUCUCAUAUUGCACAAUCGCGAGCAUCCAUAUCUGCUAGACAAGGCAAUUGAAAUGUGCUAUCUCGCGGUCUCUAGUAAAGCUCUCGAGAGCUACUUCGAAGUUGUUACUCAGGUCCUCACCCAACACGAGGACUACACUUUGCCAUUCUGGAAAGUACUAAGCGCCGGUCUCUACACACUCGGACAUGAGAACAGCGAGAUACGCACAAAGUCCACGCGAUUACUCCGAACGCUUGAGGCUCGUGAAGGAAAGAAUUCGAAAUUACAGGACCUGGACAUCAGCAUCUCUGACAAGACGGUCGCGGUAUACAAGCUCGCACAGUUUGAAACAUCACGAAGGCUUGCCAAGCAGCAUGCCGAGCUUGCUUUCUUGGUCUUCUCGCAAUUUUCGUACUACUUCAAAGAUCUCAAGCCUGACCAUAAGCGCAACAUGGUCGCCGCUAUGCUUCCUUGGGUGCAGUCUGUCGAACUGCAAGUCAACCCCGACGGAGGACCGACUGCUAAUUCUUACAUGUUACUCGUCAACUUGUUCGAGAUCACCUACAGAUCAGGCAACGUGCUACAUAAUGAGAUCCAAGCACUCUGGCAAGCACUAGCAACUGGACCAUACGGUGGUAAUGUUCAACUUAUCUUGAACUUCAUCAUCAAUCUUUGUCUAGACAAGCGAGAACAGAACUACGUCGACUACUCCAAACAGAUCGUAGUCCAUCUUUCCAGCACUCCUGCGGGACUAAAGGUCGUUGAGUUCCUGCUAUUACAGAUCAACCCACGGUCUAUGGUAAGCGAGAAGCGCGAGCCUAUGCCACCGCCGCCAGACGCUGUCAAUCUUCCAUACUUGGCCGAUCUCACCCAGGUUCUGCCAAGUAGCAAUAAACAGUCUGGCUUUGCUUUGGGACAGGUUUGCCUCAUUUUGCUGGUUGACCUUAUGGUGUCCCCAGUAGAGGUAGCCAAAGAGCACAUUCCGUUGCUUCUACAAGUGGUCCUGGUGCUCUGGGAUCAUUACACCUCUGUGGUGCAGGACCAGUCUCGUGAGAUGCUUGUGCAUUUGAUUCACGAGCUAGUCAUCUCCAAGAUCGAAGACGACACACCAGGCAUCGACAAAAGGUCUAUCGAAGAUUUCGUUGAGAGCAUUCGACAACAUGACACCAAGGUGGUAUGGAGCUAUGAUGACAAGAACGGCAAGGACGUGGCAGACUCAACCUUCAAGGUUCCUGAGCCAAUGGGCUACGUUGCUGGCGAGGUGAUGAAGUUCUUCUCAUUUGCAUACCCUGGACUGAGAGAAGCCUGGGGUCGAGUAGCACUGAACUGGGCCACAUCUUGCCCGGUCAGACAUAUCGCUUGUCGGUCAUUCCAGUUGUUCCGCUGCAUUCUCAGUUCGCUCGAUCAGCAAAUGCUUUCCGACAUGCUCGCCAGACUUUCUAACACCAUCUCGGAUGAGGAGAGUGACAUACAGACCUUCUCUAUGGAGAUAUUGACAACGCUACGGACCAUCAUUGAGGCAUUAGCGCCUAAAGAUCUCAUACAGUACCCUCAGCUGUUCUGGACGACUUGCGCGUGUUUGGAUACUAUACACGAAGGCGAAUUCAUGGAGAGCCUCUUAAUGCUAGACAAGUUUCUCGACAAGCUUGAUCUAGGUGACGAGGAGGUGUUGAGCAUCCUAGAAGAAAGCUGCCCGGAUAAGUGGGAAGGCAAGUUCGAAGGCCUUGCCCAACUGACGUACAAGGGCAUCAGAUCAAGUACAUGCCUGGACCGGUCUUUACGAAUCCUGGAAAGACUGGUGGUACUACCUUCUAGCCGUAUCGUGGGUGACGAUAGCCGACUGACGUACACCGUUCUUGCGAAUCUGCCAAGAUUUCUGCGUUCAUUUGACUCUACAGCACAAGAUUCAAGUAUCCGCGCCACUGCAGAAGUGCUUGCACAAGUCGCAGACCAGCACUACCAGUGCACAUCGCUUUCCGAGGCGUUGACUGCCUUUGCAAUGAAGAGGUACCGCCAUGAAAAAGACUUCCUUGCGCAGACAAUGUCUGCUAUACGUUCUACGUUCAAUUCGGAACAUGAGUUCGGUAGCCUGGUAUUCCUUCUCGGUUUACUCAUGAACAAGAUCGAUUGGAUGAAGAUCAACACGAUGGAAGUACUCUGCAUCCUGCUACCUGAAAUCGACAUGCGCAAGCCGGAAAUGGCAUCCAAAGGAUCUGAUCUUUUCUCGCCUCUCCUACGACUACUACAAAGCGCAUAUUGCCCACAAGCUUUAAGGGUUCUUGACUUCGUCAUCAAUCUCAACAUGACUAGUACCCUCACACCGUUCGACAAGCAGCACAUUCGCAUGAGCAUGGCAGGCUCCCACUCUACCAGAGGAUACAAGAAGCAGUUCGAGAAGACGCAAUCAUUGUACGGUAUCCCUGAAGAAAGCGGCUGGUCUAUUCCAAUGCCUGCUUUGCAUUCGCAGUUGACAAGAGCGAACGUUCAUGCUGUUUUCUACACGUGCGGAAACUUUGACGAAAUGAACGUACCGGACACUGAGACACCCAAGGUAGAAUUCCGCCAAGAGGAGUUCCCGUUCAGCCCACUAUCCGACUACCACCGAACUGCGACCAUGACUUCCGAGGAUACCCGUGGCGACAGUCACAUUGGCGAACUAGUCAUGAAACUAGACAGCUUGGAUGACUUCUUUGAGGACGAUGAUGAUGCGGAAACCUUGACGGAUCUACCAAACUUUUCGUCCUCGGGACGGUACGGUAACGGACCAUAUGCUCACGACAUGCGCGAGAACCUUUACGAUCAGCAGACGGCGCCAAUCUUACACAAAUCACUCACAAGGAACGCAUCUGUGACUUCUUUUCAAUCGGGAUUCAUCUCGGAUGUCAAACUCUCCCCAGCUAGGGAUCCAGGUGUCAUGACACCAGGCGCUUUCAGCUCUUUCGCCAACUCCUCUACUGGCGCCUUGCCUCCAACAAGUCAUCCCCGCCCGGGUCUCCAUUCCCGCUCCGUAACGUCACCCUCGGCGCCAAACCAACCCCAACGUAUUUCUCCUUCCCUCUCAUCAACCACGCUCGACGAACAAAAUGAGCCCUUCUCCGAUGACGAGUACUCUGCUGGUCGGUCGAGCAGCACAGACAAAGGCGGCACCUUCAGUCUAGAGAACAUUAUCAAGCCUGUUGCUCACGACACAAGGAGUCGCUUUAGGAGUGGUAUGAGACGGCUGACGGGGGGUGGCGGAGAGAAGGAAGGUGCAAAGACGCGGGAUGCAAUCAAGCUAGCGCUGCAGAAGAGUCCGCAAGUACCAAAAGUGCCCGACAUCUAUCUGGUGAACCCUAAAAGCGCAGAUCUGUAG